CUUAACUCUUGCUGUAUCUCUUUGGCAAUCAGUGAAUUCCCUGCCUGGACUCUUGUAGGACAGGACAGGCUUGCCUGGGAGAGACCUGCACUGUUUUCAGUGCGUGGAGCUCUGCUCCUCUCAAAGAUGAGGAGGCUGUGCUGCAGCAUCUGAAUGAACUGAUUAGCCAGCUGGCAGGCCUUGCCGCAAGCAGGCAGUGGGGAAAGGGGCCUUGCCUGGGCUUCAGAAACUGAGAAAAGACUGGCGGGAGGACCUGAUGUUUCCACCGCCCGAUCCAACCCAGCAGCCAUGACAAGAUCUGUGGCUAAGAAAGGAGAGCCCAAUGGGGCCAUUGCAGUUCCUGAAGAGAUAAAAAAGGAGGAAAUGGAAGAGAGAGGCCAGUGGAGUAGCAAAAUGGAGUUUGUGCUGUCUGUGGCUGGGGAGAUCAUCGGUCUGGGUAAUGUGUGGAGGUUCCCAUACCUCUGCUACAAGAACGGCGGUGGAGCCUUCCUCAUCCCCUACCUCAUCUUCCUGUUCACCUGUGGGAUCCCCCUGUUCUUUCUGGAGACAGCGCUGGGGCAGUACACCAGCCAGGGAGGGGUCACUGCCUGGAGGAAGAUCUGUCCCAUCUUUGAAGGAAUUGGAUAUGCCUCACAAGUCAUCGAGUGCUAUCUGAAUAUCUACUACAUCAUCAUCCUGUCCUGGGCACUCUUCUACCUGUUCAGCUCCUUCACUGCAGUGCUACCAUGGGCCAGCUGCGAUAACCCCUGGAACUCGGAUCUCUGUGUGGACAUUCUGAAUAGCUCCAGCUUGGACAACAGGACCUUGCCUGCGAACGCCACUUCCCCAAUGAUUGAGUUUUGGGAGAAGCGAGUCCUGGGGCUCACGGAUGGUAUUCACAAACUGGGCACUGUGCGCUGGGAGCUGGCUCUGUGUCUCCUGCUGGCGUGGAUCAUCUGCUACUUCUGCAUCUGGAAAGGGGUCAAGUCCACAGGCAAAGUUGUUUACUUCACUGCCACCUUCCCGUACCUGAUGCUUAUCAUCCUGCUGGUGCGAGGUGUCACGCUGCCCGGUGCUGUUGAGGGGAUCAUCUUCUACCUGAAGCCGGACAUUUCCAGGCUGGCAGACCCACAGGUCUGGAUGGAUGCAGGCACUCAGAUCCUCUUCUCUUAUGCCAUUUGCCAGGGGUGCCUGACAGCUCUGGGCAGCUACAAUAAAUAUACCAACAACUGUUACAGGGACUGCAUCAUGCUCUGCUUCCUGAACAGUGCCACCAGCUUUGUUGCUGGCUUUGCCAUUUUCUCCGUGCUGGGCUUCAUGGCUCGAGAGCAGGGUGUACCUAUUGCAGAAGUGGCUGAAUCAGGUCCUGGCCUGGCAUUCAUAGCGUAUCCAACGGCAGUAACGAUGAUGCCCGUGUCUCAGCUCUGGUCCUGCCUCUUCUUCCUUAUGCUGAUCUUCUUGGGUCUGGACAGCCAGUUUGUCUGUGUGGAAAGCAUGGUGACAGCUCUUAUUGACAUGUUCCCGGGAGUGUUUCGAAAGAAGGGGCGUCGGGAGCUGCUGAUCCUGGUCAUUGCAGUCGUAUGCUACCUGCUGGGCUUAUUGCUGGUCACUGAGGGUGGGAUGUACAUCUUCCAGCUCUUUGACUACUAUGCUGCCAGUGGCAUGUGCCUGCUCUUCAUGGCCAUUUUUGAAGUCAUCUGUGUAGGAUGGGUGUAUGGUGCCAACCGCUUCUAUGACAACAUUGAGGACAUGAUUGGUUUCCGGCCGUGGCCCUUGAUCAAGAUAUGCUGGCUGGUGUUCACCCCAGGUCUGUGCUUGGCCGUCUUCCUGUUUUCCCUGAUCAAGUACACACCCUUGAAAUACAACAAUUCCUACAUGUACCCGCCCUGGGGCUAUGUGGUGGGCUGGCUGAUGGCACUUUCCUCCAUGGUCUGCAUUCCUUUCUACGCCAUCUUCAUCCUCCUGAAAACCAAAGGACCCCUGAAGCAGCGGCUGACACAGCUGAUUUCCCCAGCGGAGGAUCUGCCGCAGCCAAAGAAGCACUUGGCGGGUCUGUCUGAACUGAAGCGCGAGGAAUGGUGUCCUCCAGUCCAGGAGGUGCUCAGCAUCACAGAGAGAGAAACCCACUUCUAAGGCACCGGGGAUGUCUCCUCCAUACCCUCGAUUGAUUCGCUCUCUCCUUCCCAAAGUGGUUUCUUUUCUCUCCUGGGCUCUUCCCUUCUUGACUUCACAUCUGAGGCAGAAGCAUCUGGGACACGCUCUCCUUCCAGCCAGCUGGUUGCACCCACCAGGGACAGCAUUUCUUUUGACUCCCUGGGGACAACUCUCCCUGUCGGCAGCUGGGGAGAGAGCAAAACACUUUUGUCAGAAGUGUCCUCCAGUACUGACACUGGUGGGGAAAAGAAAAGCAAUGUAUCAACAAAAAAAGAAAAGAAAAAAAAACCUGUUGUGUUGGGAGGAGGAAAGAAAACCACAGUGGUAAGAGAGAGCAGAGAAUAAAGGUGUGCAGGAGCAAAGUUAGGGAUGCAAAGGCACAAAACGAUGGGGCAUUAGCGCAGGGAAUAAGUAAGUUGGUUCAGAAGUACAUAAGAAGCUGGAGGAUGACAAAAGAAAGAGCAUUGCUAGAUCACCUAUGUACAAGAGAGGGGCAGCCAGGAACAUCAUCGGCAAUGAUAAAAGGAGGCUGCAGUGUUAGUAGUUAUGCUUCAGUUGUCACUGAAAGGGAAAAAAGUGACAGGGUGCUCGAUGCAAUCAUAGUUGAUGAUGGAUCUCAAGGCAGUCUCAGGGUGGAAAAGGGGUGACGAAUAACUAUCUAGGGGACUCACUUUUGGUCAAAACUACAUGGCCCAGUGAAAACACAUCUGAGAGUGAAACAGCUGCAUAUUCAACAAUUCUCUCAGAAAAUUCAUGGAGUGCAGGAAAAGUCCCAGAGCAGUUGGUAAAAAAAAUGAGCUGCAGCACAGCAGGGAGAAAUGAGACCUCGGGGACUGCAUGCCCACAAAUUUAAUUGCCCGACUGGGCCAUUUUGUAGAGGAUUUAAUGAAGGAAUUGGUGGGCCGGAUUCUGUACUGCAGAGUAGCUUUGGGGUGAGGGUGGGAGAAGGACCACACUCCCUGGGCUUUGCUGCAGGUGACUGCUCAGGGGAUAAGGAAGACAUAAUCAGGUGCAAUAAUCAUAAGCUCAGGCAAGAUAAAGCGAUAAUUAAUAGGUAAGAUGGGUUCAUUGGAAGCAGAUUGUGUCAAAUUAAAGACGCCUCACUGCCAGAGUAGUCAUGAAUGUGAGGCGAUGGCUGGGAUUGUGCUUGGAUGCGGUGUUUGGUGCGGUGCCACAGAGCUCUGUCCUUUGGAGGCUGGGGCUGUAAAACUCCCUGCCAAAACUUACUUGAAUGUCUAUCAGAAUUUCACAUUUAAGACCACAGCAAAAGACAGUGGCAGGAUCCCCGCAGGAGAUUUGCAGUGGGUGAGGGCGUAUGCACCAGUGCACGGCUAUGUUGCAAUAGCGGUGCAUCAAACCAUGCUGGAAAAUGCCCAUUAAAAAGAAUCAGAGAUGCCACAGGCUCCUUUCCCUUGUUCCUCGUUCCAAGUAAUUGCUUUUCCCUGUGCUACGUGGAGAUAAACCACCAGCACUGAAAUUAAGUUGGAAAAUCGGGCCUCAUCUGUGCAAUGCGGUACCUAUUCCAAUUGCUAUGGGAACCUUAUCUUUUGCAGUUUCCUGUGAGUUUAACUGGUGAAUUAGCAUAGGGCAAGCUUUUCCCAAUUUAAUUUCCUCUCUUUUAAAAACUAAAAACUAAAAAUGCUUGGAGCUGUGGCAGGGCGGUGCACAAGAGGCUUGAUUUCAGGCAUGGGCUGCAGCUGCCUUGGCAGUAUCUGUGGCCAAAAUGGUGGUAUUUUUUUUGAGAAGGAAAUCCGCCUUCUCUUCUUCAAGCAACAGGAAGGAAAGUUAAAGGACUGGGACAUGCCAUCCAGAUUUGGUCUUAGGCAUUAACACAGCUGUCUUGUAUGACCCUUGGUAGGACAUUCAACCCCUUUGCUCCUGCUGCCACGCCUUUAAGAUGUAAGGUAGCGUCGUACUGCCAGAGAGGCCAUGGAGAGGUGUUCACUCCUUUUUCUGAGGUAGUCAGAUAAGACUGCAAAAAUCCUAGAUAGAAGUAAAUCACUUUUCAGUUUUGAGCACAAACAUGGGGCUGUGUUAUUGAAAAUAAAUACUGCGUGUGAACUGGU